UUGAACUAUUUAAAAAUAAUCCUCAUUAGGGCUAUAUCACUUGCGUAGGUCAAAAAUUCCGUGUUAAAAGUAGAAGCAUAAGUUGGCAGCGCGUGCAGGGUGGAUCCUACGCUAAAGUAGCGUCAUUACGCAGCAGACGGAAAAGCACCGUCACGAUUUACGUGGCUACGUCACAGGAUACUACAAAUGUCACGUUUUCUUGCUCUUUGUAGGAGUAGAUCGCUGAUGAGACUUUGCCUUCUGACGUACGUAAUCUUUUUCCGGUCCCGAAGUAGCGAAUGUUAUAAUUUUAUUCGCGUUUCAUACGCAAUAUACGUUGAUUGAUGCCGUGGAUCGAAGUAUAUGAGAGGUGCAAUACCCAAAAAGGGUACCAGUUGUCAGUUUUACAGAAGGCAGGCUGUACGUGUAUAUUCUGAUAAAUAUUAACGAGACUUGAACUUAUAUUCAAGAAUUACAACGUUCAGUUUGUCCAGCAGCAACAGCCGGUCUAUCACAGAAUAUUUUAGCAUUAAUGAAUUUUAACAAUAACGAGGCAGCAGCAAACGUAAAAGACUUUGCCGUAUCCACGCAUUCCGUGCUACCAGAUGAGAUGUAUUUAGCGGAGACGUACCCGUUACGAUCUCAAGCCACCGAGCAAGCUACGUUCUCGCCAUUUUACAAGAACUUGGGCGCUGAGUAUUACACAGACGACGAGUCUUCAACCAUCAACGCUUUAUUUGACGACGCUGUUUCAACAUGGCCACAGAGAGAAACGAACUUACAAAAUAGCCACGCAGAAGAACGAAGUAGCUGCAUGCACCAGAGUUACCAAAAGCAAUUCCCUUAUUUGCAUCAAAAACUCUUGUCUAGUGGUGUCGGAGCCCACGGUACCGCAUCAGGGUUUGAGUCAUUUACAUCUCCCAACACUAUGGAGGUAGGUCCGUGUAAUAAAGCUCGCGUGUCUACUAAGGUCGAAUCGUUUCCUCUAUUACACAAGGAUUAUCAGGAGCAGAGUGUUUGUUGGUCAAGUAGUAGGAACGACAUGACCCGUCCUCCACAACUUCCCAGAAGGAGCAAUUCCUGUUUAUCUUCCCUAGAGAGCCUUGCUCACUCUCUCUCCUCUGCUCCUCUUCUUGAUCCUGAUUUCUUUCAAUCCACAAAGCAAAAGAAUAAGAUAAGAAGAUGCAAAAGAAGUCAAGAUCGAAGAUUACGCAGAAGAAGAGCGACCAUUAGUUGCUCUCACAAUGAAAAAAUAUCAAAAACUUUUCCAAACCGAACCCAAAACCAACCAAACCUAAAUCAAUCAAACUUAUUUCACAAGGAUCGAAACCUCAACACCCAACAAUCGACCUCAUCGAAUCCUCCGCCAAACAUUACACACAUGGAUGGUGACUUUGAAAGUUUAUUCGAAGAGCCGCAGAUAAAAGAAGAGUUUUCCGAAGUCGACUCGUUCCCCAACAAGGCUACCGCGUGGAAAUCAUACGCCGCAACUUUAUCGAGUCCUGGGUCGGAAUGCGCGUUCCCUGACAUGGACGGACUGUGGGGGGGAAACCGAUCCAGUUACCACGGAGGACACCAACGUAUUCCUCAUCAUCCUGGGGAGGCAGAUUCACUACACGUGUCAUUUCCUUCGUAUUAUAAUUUUGCAAACGAGCUUGGUAGAAGCGGGGGUCAACAACACGAUGUAACAGAUCAUGCUGUCUUCAAGGAGCCGAACGUUGUACAACGAAGUUCGUCUUCACAAAGUUACCAUCGUAACGGUUCUAUUUCCCAAUCUCGCUCACCUGAUAGUAGUUCUAGGAACUCCAGCAGUAGAACAUCAUCGGCUCAAUAUCUACCGUGUGCAAACCCUUCCCCACACACCGUAUCUGCUGAAGCAUCGCUAUCAUACAUGCAGCACCCAUACACCCCCUACCUUCCACACCACCUUCCACCAGGCCCCGCCGACGAAAGAAACGACUUCCAAGUCCCGCAGGAUUUUACUUUAACCCCGAGCGAUCUAUCGACGGCAACUUACCCAGCGUUCCGCGGUUUACCGGACCCCGCGCACCAAUCUUCUAAGCUACAUGGAUCAACCACGAGUGUCGAGGACUCGAGCCGAGACCAACUUUGUAAUCUGACCCCACCCACUACUGACAGCCACUCACCGUGUCUAUACGGCGAGCAAGGGGCAAGAGCUAUAUCCACACCUUACCACCAGCAGUCUAAUGAAAUGCCGCCGACUCUUCCGCCUGUUGCUCUUGCAGCCAUGCCCGACUUUUACGCUCGUGAGCCCUUCACAUAUGAGCACCAAGCAGCGUUAAAUUCUAUAGGCGCUUCUGCUGAGCUGGCAUCUCCGAAAGAUAAAUACACUCAGGGCCUCUACGACGGCUACAGAGACGCAAUAGAUGUUGCUGGCAAUCGUGGUCGGCGAUCUUACGAAGCAUUGAGCGUAAACCCGAUCAUAAAUGUCCAGGAUCUCACAGGAUACACAGGUACAGUUGCAGGUAAUGGACCAAUACAGUUGUGGCAGUUCUUACUCGAGUUAUUGUGCGAUCCUGCUUGUAAACACUUGAUUAAAUGGACGGGUGAAGGGUGGCAGUUUAAAAUGGAGGAGCCAGACGAAGUUGCGAAGCUCUGGGGUAUCCGCAAGAAUAAACCCAAAAUGACGUACGAGAAGUUGUCGCGCGGUAUAAGAUACUAUUAUGACAAAAACAUCAUCGUAAAAUGUCAAUCAAGGCGGUAUGUUUACAAGUACGUGAACAAUUUGGAUUCAAUCCUUGGCCACACAGCUUUACAAAUCCAUAAAAUGUUGGGAAUCCAACCUUUGAACGACGAGCAAGACGAUACUGCUUCACCAAAAGAAAUCAAACCCGUGAACCUACCCGUGGUCAUACCACAGUCAGUGGGAACCCUUGUGCCUGCAUCUGUAUCACCGCCGUCAAGCACUGAACAAGCGACAAAAAAGCAAUCGCGUUCCCCACAGUUGCCCACGGGAGAGCCACCGUUUGAUUACAACGCAGCUCAUACAUCGAAGGGAUUCGUUCACUUCGGCGAGCAUGGCAGUACUAUCCAGCCGGCAGAAUCCUUCAGUGAAACGUCGAUGUCAACAGUAACCGUCAACAUGGCGGUAAACGCCAAAGCAGAGAAUUUGAACCUGAAAAUGGGCGACAAUUUUCGGGAAAAUGAAAAGAAGCCAGUGUUUGACGAUUGGAUUCGGGAAAUAGCAAGGAGAAACCCUUCGCAUAUAAACAACGUUGGACCAACAACGUCACAAGACAACAACGUCCAAUCAAACCACAGACCACCAAAGGAACAGCACCGCUCUUCUGCGACACCUGACGGCGAGACGCAGCGACAAAUUAAAGCCCAUGCGCAAACUCGCCAAGAAGAAGUCAACAAUAAUAACUACAACAGCAACAAUAACCACGGCUAUUAUUUUAACCCACACACCUCCUGCAUGCAAGCUACAUACACAUGCACGCAAUAACUCACAAGACCAGAAGUCUUCAGGAAAACCAUUCAUUUACAAAAAAGAAACAAGUAUAUAUAGAAACACUAUACUGGUGUUUAUUUUUGGUUGUCAUAUUACUACUCUAGUUUAAACGCCGAGCCUCUUAUUUACGAUUAACUUCGUGGUGCGUCCAAACGCGCUUUUGCUAUACCUUUCUAAUAACCUAACUUAAAACCAGACACUCUUAUAUUAACCAAUCCAUUCCACCGUGUUUUGUGUGUAAUAUGUAGUUCGAAAUGGCGAUGGAGCUUGUGCCAAGUUGACAGUUUGUUAUUAAAACCAGAUACAUGUUCAAUGUUGAUAACCAUCUCAUAACCACUGUUGUUUCACAUUCCUAUUGCAGCAUAAUAUACAUUCCAUGUUUAAAAUCUCAUUCGUUUGUGACUUUACCAUGGAUUGUGAUAUUGCUAACACGUAACACAGUUAUUUGUACAUUUUAGUUCCAUACAACAAUCCUCAAACCAGUUCCACGUGUAUGGCAGUCUCACUUUUGUUUUAUUAUAUUCUGUUGAAAUUAUUAAUAAAUUUGCAUUUGAUUGCAGCGGAA